AUGCAUUCUUCUCCCCCAGGUGGUCACGACAAGCCCUCCCUGUCAGCCUGGCCAAGCCCUGUGGUUCCUCAAGGACAGCAUGUGACUCUCCGGUGCCACUCCCCUCUCGGAUUUGACAGGUUCAGGCUGCACAAGGCUGAGAGAACCAAUGUCCCUGAGCUCCAGGGCAUCACAUUCUGGAAGGACUUCCUGAUGGGCCCUGUGACCAAGGCACACACAGGGACCUACAGGUGUCGUGGUUGCUACAGCCACCUCCCCACUACGUGUUCAGCACCCAGCGACCCCCUGGAGAUUGUGGUCACAGGUCUGUCCAAGAAACCCUCUCUCUCAGCCCAGCGGGGGCCCGUGGUGAGGUCAGGAGAGAACGUGACCUUGCUCUGCAGCUCCGAGCACGCCUUUGACCAGUUCCAUCUGCCGAGGGAGGGGGAGAACCUUGGACGCCCCCUCGCUGAACGGCGGGGCCCCCGCGGAGCACUCCAGGCAGAGUUCCCUCUGGGUCCUGGGACCCCAGCCCACAGCGGGGCCUACAGGUGACACGGCUCCCUCACUCGCUCUCCCUACACAUGGUCAGACCCCAGCGACGCCCUGCUCCUGUGUGUCACAGGAAACUCUUCAAGUAGUCAGCCGCUACACACAAAGCCAAACUCCAGCAGUAGUAACCCCAGGCACCUGCACGCUCUGGUUGGACCCUCCGUGGCCUUCGUAUUCCUUGUCAGCCUUAUCUCCUUCCUUGUCCAUCACUGGUGCCCUGAUGCUAAGGAUGCUGCUAUAAUGAACAGCCAGCCUGAGGUGAGCAGAAGAGUGAAUCGGGAGGAUCCUGACACAGAGGAACUGAAUGAGGUGACAUACACUGACUUUGAUUGUUCGGUUUUCACACGGAAAAACAUUACUCCCACGUCCCAGAGGCCCAGAGAGUCCUCAGCUGAUGCCAGUGUGUACAUGGAACUUGCAACAUGCUAA